GUUGUCUGACGGAGGUGUCAAUCACAGGAAGUCCCGCCCAUUCCCACAUGGGGUUCUCGUUGGAGGAACCCUCGUCAUUUUUUGUCCUCAAGGUCAAGGAAGUUACCAUUAGGCAUUCACACAGACACGCUGUUCCGAUUACCUCCCUGUCACCCCCGCUCCUACCCUAAAUGCUAUGAUAUAAACACUCCCAUCUAACUGGGGGGUGAAGAACAACAAAAGCUGUUGCGCAAGUACGUACAUAUAAAGGGACGUGUUCUCGUCCCGUGAGUUCAUUCAUACCUGAGCCUACGACGCACCAACAUGACCGAAGCGAUCCUCGACACAGCGGCGGCGGCCGUGGCCUCUCCAACCGAGAACGUCCAGACGUUUCUCGUGCUCAUGUUGGGCCUCCUGGCGGGGUACCUGCUCUGGCGGCGGGUGAACCCGCCCAACCUGCCGCCGGGCCCGUGGGGCCUCCCCGGGCUCGGCGCCAUCCCGUUCCUCGGGCUGGCCCCGCACGAGACCCUGAUGACCAUGUCCAAAGCGUACGGUGACAUCAUGAGCGUGCGUCUCGGGCCGAAGCUUGCCGUGGUGCUGAACGGACAGAGAGCCAUCCACCAGGCACUCAUCAAGCGGGCGGGGGUCUUCUCCGACAGGCCGGGCUUUGAGCUGGUCAACAUGGUCCAUAAGGGACGAGGAAUCAUUGCCGGCCCCAGUACAGACUUCGUCCAGCGGCAGCGCCGGUUUCUGAUGCGAUCUUUCCGCACGCUGGGUCUGAACACACACAACAUCGAGAACUGUCUCCAGGCUGAGGUGCAAACUCUGAUGACGACUCUCAAGCAAGUCCAGGGCAACUCUGGAGAGGUGUAUGACGUCAUCAACCGAAGUGUUGUCAACGCUAUCGCGGUCUUCUCAUUCGGCAACAGGUUCAAUCACAACGACCCGAAGUUCCACCGCCUGGUCUCCUGCUUGGAAGGCGUGUUCCGCUUCUCCUCCACCGGUGUGGGACUGAUGACGCAAGCCUUCCCCGUCCUGCUCAAGUUCCCCCGCGGCCUGCCCGGCCUCAGCCAGUUCCUCGAAGACGGCGACAACUUCCUCAGCAUCAUCCGCGACAUCGUCAAGUCAAGACGACAAGUCUUCGCAGAGAUUCUCCAGAAGGACCCGACCCUCGACGACUUCAAGCCGUCCGACAUCUUGGACUGCUACUUCCAGGAGACCACGCGCGGGCAGGCCUGGUUCAUGAGCGACGAGGACUUCUGCCACAUGAUCAUGGACAACUACAUCGCAGGCACCACCACCACGAGACUCACCAUGCAGUGGGCGAUGCUCCUCCUCACCAUCUCCCCGAGAGAGCAGACGAAGAUGCACGACGAGAUAGUGUCAGUCGUCGGGACCGACCGACUGCCCUCGCUGAAAGACAAGGACAACCUCCCCUACACCAAGGCCGCCAUCUUUGAACUGCUGCGCAUCUCCUGCGUCACUCCGCUCUCCCUCCCGAGAGAGGCCGCCGAUGACGUCAUCAUCGACGGGCACCGGAUACCGAAAGGCACGAUGGUCAUGACGAACCUGUGGUCGGUGACGAAUGACCCGGAUGUGUGGGAGGACCCGCGGACGUUCAAGCCAGAGAGGUUCCUGAACGAACAGGGAGAGUGCGUCCUACCCAAGGAGUGGCUGCCGUUCUCCACAGGAAAGCGGUCGUGCAUAGGACAGGCCAUCGCAGAAAGCAUGAUGUUCAUGUACAUCUCGGCCAUCGUACAAAACUACCGGAUCUACCUCCCCGCCGGGAAAACCGUCCCCACAGCGGAGCCCAUCCCGGCCAUGCAUCUCCAUCCUCAGCCGUGUGAAAUUAGCUUUGCCAAAUAUCCUCCUUGUUAGUCUGGUUUUAAGGACAUUUUAAACAUUGUGGUAGAAUUGUGCCCCCUGGCGGAAUUGUGGGGAAUUUCACCACCCUUCCCAGACUGCACUGCGUUUCCGGGUGGUGGAGAGGAACUGACUUUUUGAACAUUUCACAAUCGUUGAUGUUUGCCAUAAAAUUUGUUUGCAAAGUUGGUAAAGUCUUGUGUUGAACUGUUUUGUUCCUUUACUAUGUGAUAUUACUACAAUUGUAAAAUGUAAGUUGCCAAGAAUUGUUUAUGUAUUUGAAAUGGCUUGAUGUCAAAUGAUUCAGCUGUGAGCUAUAGUGACACUUCAUAUUGUAUUUCAGAUAUGUACAGUGAAUUCGAAGUAUUUCUCACUAACGACUUUAUGUAAUUUUGUCGAUCUUUAACUUAAUAUAUAUGCUUCAUAUUUACUACGUAAAUUACGUAAGUACAUUUGUACUGGAAAACGUGUUAUUAUGGACUCUUGUUUAGUUUCCUUCGGUACGUUCUGAAGAGUAAAUAAUCAGAACGCAGUUCUAGUAUACUAUUGUGUAUGAUUAUUUAUAUUGUAAUUGAAGGACGUCGACAUCAACAAGGCUCAUUUUACACAGGGUUUCUGUGCGUUUUGUCACUUUAUGAUGAAUGUUUGUUGAAUUCGUGAAAACAAGAUAGCUGAAGUUGACCAUUUUAUUGCAUUUUUCAUAUGCUUGCCGUCCCGUUCUGAAGAUGUCUUGACAAUUCGUCAUGAAUAUUAUUCAUUGUAGAACUGCAUAUUAUUCAUUGUAAAAAAAAUGCAGUGUUUGAGCUGGUUUGUAUGGCACUGUACUCUGAAUAUUUUGUACAUGACAUCCUGCGUGGCAGGCGCAGAGACUUUGAUAUGUGCGGGACCAUGUCACUAAUGUAUAUAUUGAAGAGCAUUGGAAUGCUUCUAUGUACUGGAAUAAACUAAGUCGAAUUGAA